UUUAGGAACCAGUAUGAUAAUGAUGUCACGGUUUGGAGUCCUCAGGGUAGAAUUCAUCAAAUUGAAUAUGCAAUGGAAGCUGUGAAGCAAGGUUCUGCAACAGUUGGCUUGAAAUCAGAUGAUUAUGCCGUUCUUGUGGCUUUAAAGAGAGCUCCGUCAGAAUUAUCAGCACAUCAGAAGAAAAUAUUACCAAUUGAUGAUCACGUUGGCAUAUCAAUUGCUGGUCUCACUGCUGAUGCCCGCUUGUUAAGCAAAUAUAUGAGGACCGAAUGUUACAACUCAAGAUAUGCUUAUGACACUCCGAUGCCUGUGUCACGCUUAGUGGCCAUGAUUGGAACAAAAUCACAAGUACCGACACAAAAAUAUGGAAGGAGACCUUUUGGUGUUGGAUUGCUCAUUGCAGGAUAUGAUGAAAAAGGCUCCCACAUUUAUCAAACAUGUCCAUCGGCGAAUUAUUUUGAAUGUAAGGCAAUGGCUAUUGGAGCAAGAUCUCAAUCUGCUAGGACCUAUUUAGAGAGGCAUUUGGAUGAGUUCAAAAAUGCUAAGUUGGAUGAUAUUAUCAAACAUGGAUUAAGAGCAUUGAGAGAUACGCUACCUAAUGAAAUCGAAUUAACAACAAAGAACUGUUCAGUCGGUAUUGUUGGCAAAGAUGUUCCAUUCACUGUUUAUGAUGACGACCAAGUUCAAAGAUAUGUU